CGCACAGCCCCUCGCGCCCCGCCCACUGGCCGGAAGCGGGAAAUUGAAGCGCAGCCGGCGGGGCGCUCGGGCGGGAACUGCUACCUGCCUUGAGAUGGAGGAAGCAGUGCCUGAUAAACUGACAUCUUUGUGCCAUACACCAAAGGAUUCUGGGACAGCAGCCCCACAGAGGACUAGUUCAGGAAAACAGCCAAUGAGUGCAACUCUAAGGGAACGAUUAAGGAAAACAAGACGUUCCUUUAAUGCCAAUUUUACAGCGGCAAAGCGGCUCAAGGUAGAUACUGAAGAAAAAGACUGUGCAGAUGUUGAUAAUGGGUGUCUGCCAAGGAUAGACAUGGAUUGUUCCACAUCACAAGAUGGUUCUGAAUGCCUGGAAAGAAACUGCACUGUAAAUACUUAUUUCAAAAGUCCAUUACAGGAAAACAAUCUCUGUGAAUCAGCAGAGAAUGUGGUAAGGGUUGAUCUUAGUCAGCAGCAAUCCCUAGAAGAAAAAGUAAGGCUGAUGAAACAAGUGAAAGAGAAGGAAGAGCUGCUUCGAAGGCUCAAACUGGUCAAGAUGUACCGAUCUAAGAACAACCUGUCUGAACUGCAGGCUUUGAUAGUGAAAUGGAGAAGCAGUACCCAGCUGAUGCUGUAUGAGCUGCAGUCAGCCUUUUCUGCAGAUGGCAAGAAAGUGAGUCUCAGUCAGCUGAUAGAUACUUUUGGAUUGGAAGACCACUUACUGCACUACAGCAGAACAGAAGAAGAUUUUGUAGACGCAUAAUCUACUGGUGCAAAGCUUUCAAUUACAUGCAUAAGCAAAAAAGACUGAACUGAUAAACUAAGAAGUGUUGAUCAGACAAUGGACUUUGUUUUGGUAAGAGUUUCUCAUGAGAGUUGUGAAACUGCGUACUUAGAUAUGGUAGGCUGUAAAACCAUUACUUUAUAGUAAAAGCUGAACUUAGUUGGACUGUUUUGGAAAACUGGCUAGAGAGCUGGGUCAGUGAAUUAUUUAAAAUAAAAUGAAAUCAAGUAAUACUUUAAUCAAACAACUGUCUGCCUUGUGCCUGUUAGUCUUCAUGGUUUUAAGACAGAAUGCAAGUUCAAAUCAAUUGUCACUUCUGUUGAUGUUUAGAUGGGGACAAGGGUUCAGUUCUUUGUUCAUAGAUACAUCCUCAUCUUCCAAAUUUGUUCCUGCUGCCAGUUAAUAACAGCAUUUUGCAAGUCAGGUAAAGAUAACUUAAUGUUAAUAUUCUGUAACUACAACUGGCAAUAAUUAAAGCUAUUUAGAACAUCUAAGGGAAAUAUCUCAUAAUGGCACUGAUCCUUGUUCAGACAGUUGUUUUUAGAGGAACUCUGACAGCUUUUGGUAAUAGAAAAAAAAAAAAA